GCACCCGUUUCCGCUGCUCCACAUGCGACUUAAACUAUACACACACACCAGAUGAAAACACACAGAGAAAACGUAGUAAAGUUGUGGAAAUCGCUUUAGUUAUAUUGACUGGUCCACUGUGUUGAGUUGGUGUAGACUGGUAUUUUUUACCGUAUAUAUAUAUUUUUUUAACAUGCUCCUUUUUUGUCCGACCUGCGGGAAUGUUUUGAUCGUCGAGGAGGGACAGAAGUGCAUGAGGUUCGCCUGCAACACCUGCCCCUACGUGCACAACAUCACCAGGAAAGUAAACAACAGGAAGUAUCCCAAGCUAAAGGAGGUGGAUGAUGUCCUUGGUGGAGCUGCAGCUUGGGAAAAUGUGGAUUCAACCGCUGAAACUUGUCCCAAGUGUGAGCAUCCUCGGGCGUACUUCAUGCAGAUUCAGACACGAUCAGCAGAUGAACCGAUGACAACUUUCUACAAAUGCUGCAAUAGCCAGUGUGGACAUCGGUGGAGAGAUUGAUGCCUUUAAAAAAAUUAAGGUGUAUUUAAUGCUGAUAUGUCACAGGUUUUUCUAUAACUUCCUCUUCACCUUGCCUCAUUUUAAGCCUUUAUUAUUUUGUUAUCAAUCUGCAGGAAUUACUGUUUUUUUUUUUCUAACUGGUUUGCAAACUGUGCACUUUCCUCUUCAGUGUAUAGACUUAACUGAAGAAACUUUUGUCUGAGAUGCUGAAAUCAUUCAAUUUCCAGACAUAGUUGAUAUUAAAAAAUAACAUUAAAAAUCAAUUGCAAUGAAAAUCUUCAUCAUGUUCUGACUUUUAUUGAUAAAAUAGUACCUGUAUGCAACAAAUCUUGAUUUACAGUUAUACAUAUCACAUUUAAAGAGCAAUGCAUACCAGCGUUAUCCACAAUAAUGGCUUACAGUACUUUGUAAUAAAAGUUCAAUGCAA